UGUGACGGAACCUUAAACUGAAUCCCGCCGGAACAUUAACACGACGGACCAUAAACAUUUCCUAAUAACGCAGCUCGACUAAACGUAGAACGAGCAAAACGUUGCUCUGUUUCUUGUCUAUUGAAUAUGGCUUCAACCAUGAUUCCUUACACUGUCAACAUUAAACUAGCCGCUCGGACUCUGACCGGAACUCUUCAUUUACAGAACAAGACAGCUGUGGACUGGGGAUGGCAGGGUCUGAUUGCUCAGGGCUGUCACUCUAGUAUCCUCAUUAUUGAUCCCAAGACAUCUCAAACUAUUCAAGUCCUGGAGCGACACAAAGCCAAUGUGGUCAAAGUGAGUUCUACCUUUCUGUUCUUGUUUGUGACAUACUGAAGA